CGGCGCGGAGCCCACGGCCGGGCCGCGCCGCCGCCCCCACGUUUCUCGACGGGGACGAUUUCAAAACCCAACCGAGCGGUAGCGAAAAUAAGAAGAAAAAAAAAAAAAAAGCCCAGCCCUACGAGCUCACCUCGGACCGACGUUGGGUGGUGUUAACUGCCGGCUUGCCGGAGGGAGUUUUCCACGCUCGGAAGCUGUUCCCGUGCACCCCUCAAGGAGCCGGCGGGUCCGAGCCUUUCCCGGGGUAAAAAUGGACUGAAAGAGGAGCUUCACCAGACCGCGGCUGCCAGCGCCCUUUGCCUGGACCCUGAUGGACUCCGAGGCAGGACUGCAUUACCAUGGUGAUGAUCUUAACCAAAACUCGGGAAAACAAAGGUGCUGACUCCAUAACAUGCAGGACUGAGCUGCACACUCCAAAGAUGAGUCAAGGACCUACCCUCUUCUCUUGUGGCAUGAUGGAAAAUGACAGAUGGAGAGAUCUCAGCAGGAAAUGUCCACUUCAGCUCGAGCAGCCGGGCGCCAGCAUCUGGGACUGCUUGUCGGACAAGGGCGAGGAGGGCUCGCGUUGGCCGAGGGAGACGGCCAGUACCUGCUCCGUCACCAACCUGAUCAAAGACCUCAGCCUCAGCGACCCCCACGGCAACCCCUCAGCCCCCCCCAGCAAGCGCCAGUGCCGCUCGCUCUCAUUUUCGGACGAAAUGUCGAUCUGCGGGACCUCGUGGAGACCCUUGGGCUCAAAGGUUUGGACGCCGGUGGAGAAACGGCGGUGUUACAGCGGGGGGAGCGUGCAACGCUACUCCAACGGCUUUGCCACCAUGCAGAGGAGCUCGAGCUUCAGCCUGCCCUCACGGUCCAACCCGCUCUCCUGCGAGCAUCCCGCCCUCAGCAGCCGGCUGGGGUGCCAGCCGAGGAAAUCGGUCACCGGCGGGCACGGGGGAGACCGGGCGGACAUGCAGAGGUCCCUCUCCUGCUCGCAAGACCGCUUCUCCUCCUCGGAGUACUGCCCGCCCUCGGCAAGCAGCACGCCCGCCUCCACGCCGGAGCUGAGCCGACGGGCCGGUGGGCUCUCCCGAAGCCGCUCGCAGCCCUGCGUCCUCAACGACAAAAAGGUCGGGGUCAAGCGGCGGAGGCCGGAGGAGGUUCAGGAGCAACGGCCCUCGCUGGAUCUCGCCAAGAUGACCCAGAACCGCCAGACUUUCAACAGCCUUACCUGCCUUAGUGCCGCGGCCGAGGACGGCUCCCCGCGGCUCCCCGGCCCCCAGCCAUGGACCGCGGCCCCCCGCUCCCCGGAGGUGAUGCCGGGCAGGACCCCCGCCUGCACCCCGGUACCGGAGCCGCCGCGCUCGCGGGCCGACGAGCGCCGGGCCAGCAGGGACGACCUCUCCUGCGAGGAGGAGGAGGAGGGCGGCGGGAAGGAGGAAGACGGGGCGGCGUGGCGGGGUGGCGGGACGGGCGCCGAGGGCCUCUUCCAGCUGGACGGCGAGAUAGAUAUCGAGCAGAUAGAAAACAACUGAGGAGGGAGCGGGUCCUCUCGCCCCGGGGUCGGGGGGGGGGCUGCCGGUGGAGCCGGGGAGGGCUCCCCGCCGCCAGCGCCGGGUUUUGCGGGGUCCUGCCACUGCUCUCCUCCUGCCGGCUGGAGGGGAUGAAGCAGCUUUGCCAAAAUUUCAUCAGGUAUUUAGAGCAAUUUGUGUGCGUGCGUGUGUAAAUCUUUGAAAUUCUUUGUAACUACUGUAGCCAAGAUCAGCUAGUCGGAGGGAACUGCUUGCCCGACCGAGGAAACCAGGCACAGGGAUCGCCAAAAAACUCGCGCGUCGUGAGGAAAUUGGCUUUUGCCAACGUAGGGUUGGAGCUGAUGGGGCUGGCCACGCUCCCCCAGGUCCCACCUGCGCUUGUUCAGAAAGGGAUGCACAAGGAGAAACCGCCACCCAUGGCACUGGGAAAAGCGGGGGAAAACCAGACUGUUGAGAUUUGCAAAGCGAGUGCUGCAGGGGCGGCUGCGGCUCCUCUUCUGCCGCAUCCCGUGCGGCCCUGGCGCCCGCCUCGCUCCCCUUGUCCCUGGCAGUGCCGUGAGAAGGAAAUCACAAGUGAAGUGUUCUGCUUAAAUUUAAUAAUGGCAAGAGCUGGAUUUUUACCUUUUUUUUUUUAAAAACAACUUUUUUUUAUUUUUUUUUUUUAUUUUCCUGAUGAGGAUUAAAGGGACCCCAGGCCUGCACAGCUCCCAUGCGGGGCAGCAUCCGUGGCAGCGCUUGGUGGGCGCUGCCCAACGAUGCUCAAAUGCCUUUCUUCCCUAUGUUUUUUCCCUUCCCAAUCCCCUCUCUCAAACCCAUCGGGAAAAAUCCCCGAUCAGGCUCAGUGCCACCCUCGCUUGGGUUCCCAACACCCAGUUUUGAGCGGGGCUGGGCUGUUUACACAUUUACCAGUGGCUGUGCCCUCUUUGCUACCCGAGGCACGGCUGCCACCCUCUUUUUUUGUCCCUGUCUUACUGUGAAGGGGCUGUGCAUCUGAGGCACGCCGCGGGGUUACUUGACAAAGUCAGCUGGCAAAAGGCUGAAAAUCCAGGUAGCAGCACUGAAAGCUUUUCCUCUUCCUGUGCCUUUUUUAAGCACAGAUAAAGUGGUGACCAUUAUGUUUGUACAACAUGAAUUCUCUUUGGUAAAAAUAAGCUGUCCACUUGCUAACAGGUUUAGAAGGACACAUAUAUUUUUUUUUUCUCCCUGUUUUUUUUUGUUUUGUUUUGUUUCUUUAAAGGUCUAGGAAAGCUGUACGAGUGGCUUCCAGCACCUUCUGAAGGUUCCCUCAAGCUCAGGGUUUACUUCCCAAGCUCUGCAAAAGCGAGAAAGGAAAAAAAGUCAUGGGUACCAACAGCACUUGAAGACAUGACAUUUUUAACAGGGUUCGGCACCCCUCCUUGACAAAGCUUUAGGAGUCUCCAACUCAGAAAGGGCUGAGAACCGCUGGUACAGCUUUUAAUCAUCAUUUCUGGUUAUGUUAGUGCACUUUUUUCUGCGGUGGUUUGGGAUGCGUGUGACAUCUCCCAUCACAGUGGAACCCAUCAGCUGUUAUAUAGCUUUAUCCCUGUCCUGGCACCGCAGAGGUUUUGCUCGUGGCAGUGGCCACGUCCGCUCCCUCCAAGCCGGGUGCUGGCAGUCAGGACCAGCCCCAAAUAUUUGGGGAGGGGACAACAGGGAUGUCUUUUCAUUUUGGAGAAACCUCCAGCUCUUUUAAAGCAUUGCUUGAGGCACCAUUGAAAAGAAAAUACAUCCUGGCUUCAUUUUCAGCCCUGCUGUCGUGGAAGGCGCUGCCGGUCUCAGACAAUUUGGGGAGGGUCCAGAGUUUUCCCCAGGUCCGUGCCCCGCCACGGCACAGCCUCAGCACGGUUCUCGGCUUUUGAGUCUUCCUCAUGCUCGAAUACAUACCCCCCCCCCCCCCCCCAGACACGUCCCCAGUCUCGGGGCACACAGCUCCCACUAGCCACGGGCACCUCCUCAGCUGCCGGUUCCCGACGGACCGAAAAAGGGCAAAUUCACCCAAAUCCAUGCCUGGCUGCUGCCCCAGAGCUCUGGGUGGGCUCUCGCAUGUGCAUCACCGGGGCUGUAAUUCCUAAGGGCUUCUGUUUUCUUUCCAAGGGCUGCUACCGGUGCCAUGCUACCCCCCUCCCCCGGUAGGAAGGUGACCAGUGGACCACUACCCAGCUGUACUCGACGUAGCCGUAGCAUUCAGUUUACAUACAGCACAACCCUUUUGCCUUACUAAAGAUGCUUCUCCAAUGAGUCAUGGCCUUAUACUGGGCACGUUAGCGUAGGCACAGACUACAGUUAGCGACGGUUUUGAGGCCACGGUGGUGUUCUGUUGGGUAAUUUGUUGUUGGGUUUGUAUGAUUUCAUGUACUUAUUCUCAGUUUAAGAAAGCCUUACUUUUUAAAUUUUUUUUUUUUCUCUCUCUCUCUCUCUCUCUGUAGAGGUAAAACAUUUGUGGAUUUAUAUAUAUAUAAAUAUAUAUAUAAAUAAAGUAAUUAAAAAUAUUAAAUAUAAUAUAGUAUGUGCCUCAGAUUCAGGGGACAUCCUGUUGAUUGUAAAGUCAGAAGUGGCGUUGCUCCCCGGCAUCAGGAGAUCUGCACCCUAUGCCUGCGGCAACCACAGCGGGAGAGCAGGGCACCCCCCCGGGGGUCCUGCUCUUGGUUUGUAAAGGACUUCACCUAUUACACAGACGCUUUGGUAACCCCCCCGGGCAAAUUCCUGCCGGCUGCCAGAAUGUGAUAUUAAAGUAAUAUGCAGACACGGGAUGUUAUUCCUUGCUAGGUAGCUAAAACAGGCUCAUUAUCCUGAAGAGACUCGGUGGCUUGUCCAAGGCGUGACCCAGUCUGGCCAGCAGCCGUUUCAGGAUGACAGCAAGCUGUGUCAGCAGCAAUAAGGGUUCAUCAUCCUGAAAAAAAAAAAAAAAAAAAAAGGAUUUUAAUAGGAAAAGUCUUAGCACGUGCACGGGGAGUUUGCUGUGUGUUUGCAGAUGCAGGUCUUUGAGCCUGUUCUAUGAAAGAUUACGUUUAAAGAAAAACAAAAAACAAAAAGAAGUAUUUGUAAAAUAGAUUGUAAUUUUUCCACGUUAUAGCAUAGCCUAUUUGGCCAAUAAAGUUGUGUUUCAAGUGCAUUGUUUAAAAGCUCCUGGCUGACCAGGCUAACAGACUUAUGUAGGAUGUUAUAGGAUUGUAGCAGUGCUUUACAGCGUUUAUGGGUUUGAUGUUCCAGAAAUCAAGAGGAUGGCCAAAAAAAUAAAAAAAUAAAAAAAAAAAAAAAGAAGAGGAAAAAAAAAAAAAAAAAAACACAAAAAAAAAGCUUUCUGAAGCUAUGACCUGUAGUAGCCAAGUCUCGCUGGCAAUUGCACAAGCGCAGCGGGACGUGCGUGUCCCCGGGGAGGGGCUGCCCGAGGUGCCCCCGCCGGGGUGGGCGAGGAGGCUGCCCGCGCGUACCCCCUCCAUGACUUGAUUGCACUAGAGCAGCUCAGUCUCAGGAAAUUGCUUGUUACUUUUACUGUGUAAAUAAAGUUUCCUGGUUCAAUAA